AUGGAUUCGCCAAAUUCUCCGAAUCCAUACGACAAUAUGAGUCUAGAGGAUAUCAUAAUUGCAGAGUGUAUUGACGAUCAUGAUGAUCAAUAUUUCAAAGCGCUCAUGGAUGGGGGUAGCUCAACAAGACAAGGAAGAAAGAGAGCCAACAUUGAUAGAGGUCAUGUAGAAGGACACCAACAUUUGUUCGAUGACUACUUUUCUGAUGAACUGGUGUAUACAGAAUAUCAAUUUCAAAGAAGAUUUAGAAUGCGUAGACAUGUAUUCCUACGCAUAGUGCAAGCUCUAGAAAAUCAUUCAGAGGCGUUACAGUAUUUCCAUACGAGGUUUGAUGCAGUCGGUAUAAGAGGGCUUUCGCCAUUACAGAAGUGCACCGCUGCUAUGCGAAUGUUGGCAUAUGGAGCGCCUGCUGAUUAUGUUGAUGAGUAUGUUCGAAGUGGUGAAACUACCGCUAUUGAAUGUCUAGUCAAUUUCGUUCGAGGAGUGAAUGAUAUUUUUGGGACCGAAUAUUUAAGACGGCCCAAUGCUGGGAACAUUCGUCACUUACUUCAAAUGGGGGAGGUGCGUGGUUUUCCAGGUCAAUUCACGCGAGGUGGUCACGGCAGACCAACAAUCAUGCUCGAAGCAAUUGCGUCACAAAAUCUUUGGAUAUGGCAUGCAUUUUUUGGUGUUCCAGGAUCCAAUAAUGAUCUCAACGUGUUAAAUCAAUCCCCAAUAUUCACUGAUAUCUUACAGGAGCAAGCUCCGAGAGUUGAGUUUACGAUAAAUGGCACACAAUACAACAAGGGGUAUUAUCUAGCAGAUGGUAUCUAUCCAGAGUGGGGUACAUUUGUUAAAACUAUCCCACUGCCUCAAGGAGAGAAAAGAAAAUUAUUUGCCCGAUGCCAAGAAGCGGUAUGCAAAGAUGUUGAGCGAGCAUUCGGAGUACUUCAAUCUCGUUUUGCUAUUGUACGAGGACCAGCACGUUUUUGGCAAAGAGAUGUUCUCAAAGAUAUUAUGUAUGCAUGUAUCAUAUUGCACAACAUUAUUGUCGAGGAUGAAAGAUAUGCAUAUGAGAGUUUGUUUGAUUUUAAUUAUGAUGACGGCCCCGCCAACACCCUAAUGGUUGAAGUAUUGCAUGGUUUCUAA